AGCGACCAGCGCCUAGCGGAAGCAGGAAAACCCUCUCGCCAACGGCAUUUCCCAGCACGGUCGCUCUGUCGCCGGGCCGCAGCCCUAUCGUUUCGCGUGUGAGGACGACGAAGAGAAUCCGCCAAGAUGCUGAUCGGACUGGUCAGGGAAUCGGUGAUGCAGUGCUUCUGCCACACAUGCCGGGCUCCGCUGACCGCCACCGUACACAAGUCACAGAUGCCUGUAUCGAAGUUGAAAGCAAAGUCGAGGUCCUUCAUAGAAGAUCAACCGAGAAGUGUGCAGUUUGUAUCAACUGAAGUUCGCUGCCAAGAGAAAACCAAAGGCGGCCUGCGCUAUGAGGUCAUCAUCGGGGAGCCCGACAUCAAGGCGACUCCUCCGAAGUUGUCGCUGUCGCCCAGAUGCAGCGUGUCCUUCCAGGACAUCGAGGAGAAACUGAAGGCCGCCGAAGAGCGAAGACAGCAACUCGAAUCGAGCAAAAUGGCCGCUUUGUCUUCGAAAAUAGUGAAAAUCGAAGAGGUCGGGCGCAAGAAGAACGAGUUGACUUCCGAAUUUAUCACUGCUACUCGUAACGCUCUCGAACAGAAAAUGGGCAUUCACGAGGAGAAACGGGAGGCGUACAUCACCGAUUUGAAAACCAAGCUAAAGGAUCACAUUGAAAACGUGGAGAAAACCCGUCUCUCGCUCGAAAUGCAAACCGAAGAAGUCAGAUCGGCCAUAGAAGAUAAAUUGAAAACCGCCUCCCAGCAACGUGACGACAAUAUCAAGAAGAUGCUCGAACGUCUCAAGGAGCACGAAGAUCAGGUGUCUAAAGUACGCGAACAAAACAGCGUUAAAUUACAACAAUUGGGAAGCUCCAUUCAGGAGAAAUUAGAGCAAGCCCACACCAGAAGAGAGCAAAUCGAGCAGGAGCAAAAAGAAAAGCUGAAGACAUACGAAAAGAGGGCCGAAGUCGUCCGUCAGAACAAAGCCAAGGCAGCGGAAGGCAAAUUGAUCCCGUCUUCUGGCUAAACAGACCUCGCGCCAUCGUACUCAAUUAUCUACAUCUACAUUAUUAUUAACUAUUUUGAAGCUCAUCGUUCUAUUAUAUCGUUUCGAUAUAACGUUGCUUGAAAAAGAAGUAUCGGAUUGAAUCAUCGUAUCAUGCGACACCUCGUUGACAUUGACAUUUGACGUUGACAUUUUGACAUACUUAAUUUUUUACUAUCACGCAUGCAAGUUUCGAAUAGUGAGAAAGGAGAUUUUCUAACGAAGAAGAAGUAUACAAAUUUGUAACGAACAGAAGUUGUCUUUGUUGCACUCAUACCAUAUACUGCAAACUAAAAUGAAUCAAUCUGUACGUAUACAAAUGUUGCAAAAAUUUUUAUAUCAAUGACAUCUAUGCAAUGACAUGACAAUUACAAAUUUUGACAGAUAUGACAGUUAAUCUCUAUGUUAAAUCUCUUACGAUCAAUAUAUUUCGCAUAAUUUAAUAACUCAAUCCGAUACUUGUUUACACCCUAUUUCUCUUGAAGGUGUUUAGCUCUUUUAUUAUCUUAAAGUCGCUGGUAUUUGUGAUUUUUGUGCUUUUAUUUUGACUGUAAGAUAAUAAAAGGGAUAAAUAUGGAUGACGUAUAGAAAAGGUUUGCCAACUUGAUUUCUAAUAAUUACCAAGAGUUUUCAAGCAACAAUGAUUUUUAAUGUAUUUUUUUGUCGACCACGACAUUUCUGUUUUAGUUCUAUUAUUUUAUAUUUAACGCGUUUACAUACUGUACUGAUUUAAGUAAAAUGUUUGUAUUAUUUUCGUUUUUAUUUUUAUUUUUCGCCUUCUUUCGUUGAUAUAAUUUCCGAAUGUAAGAGUCGUUUAUCAAGUUUUAAGAUAAGGUUAAGAAGAUUAUAUAGUUAUAUUCAAAAAUUGACCAGCUAGCUUUAGCAAGAUUGUGGAUUGGCAAUGCUUCUAGUAAUUGCGCCAUAUUGAUUUCCAUUUAUCACAUUCCCAUAUUCGAAUGUAAAAAAAUGUCCUGCAAUUGUAGAAAUAAGGGAAGAAAUUGCACGCUUCUAGCAUAUUGUGCACCCGUAAGUUAUGCGAUAAAGUGUACAGUAUGUCCCAAAAUUACCUUAAAACAGAUGUUGAACUUGGGACACCCUGUACAAGAGAAAUGAAGAGUUUAUACCAACCAAGUUCAUGAUAUUUGUAAUGUAAAAUCCUCUAGGAGGAGAAAACGUAUGCGCAAUUACUUUGAGACUUGUUUAGGUGUAUCGAGCUUUGUGAAAUUCUCCAAGUGUGUAACGAAACAAAACGAACACGUAUAAAUGUUUCAUGGAAACUUAAAAAAAAUCAACCGCCUAGUGCUGCCUUUUUGUAUAAAACUUUGGAGUGAGUGAGCUGUGAAGUUGCGCUUGCGCUGUAGAUGUUUUCUUUUGGAAAAUUUUGUUCGAGGAACUAUUGUUAGAUAGUCAUCGGCGAUGGAAGGACGAGUAAAGCUCUCGAGUGAGAAAUGCGAAAUAGAACUGAAUCGUGUUCCAAUUAUUCCGCACAUAUUAUACCGAGACUGGUAGAAUAUUUUUGAUACGGUUUAUUGUGAUUAUACAGGGUGGUUUUGAUUAUUAUGCGACAGAUUCUGGAAUUUAUUGCAAAAUUAGCAAAAUAAUCCUGCAUAAUCAUGCAAGUAUAGAAAGGGCUCAAUGCGUAGUUUUAUCACCUACACAAAUUAUUUAAUAAGAACCUGCAAUGAUUUUAGUAGAAUGGUUUUUGUUGGUAAAUAAUUGUUUAGUACCAAUUUGGGUCUUAAUCGAUUCCUCUAAGUCAAUAAAUGCGUUAGUAAAAUACAAAUAAAUAGAGAAUGAAUAUCUAACAAUAACAUUUUUGUUCAGUGACAGUCGGAUUCACUCUACUCUAUGUACUGAACUGCAAUGCAAAAUUUGCAACAAUUCUGAUACUCAAUUUUCCCCAAUUGAAAUAAAAGCUCAAUUAGCCGAUUUUUGUAACAACCAUCAAUUAAAUUUUGUCAGUAAUUGUUACUUCUAAAAUUUCAUAAAUUUGCAUUUCGGUUCAGAAGUUGUAGGAUUUUGUACACUGUAAAAUAUUCUAUGAAACACGUUAAGAAAGAGAGAUAUUUUAUUAUGUAAUAAUUAGAAGGAUUAGAGAUGAAAUCAAAACGAUCCUCAUUACAAUUCUCCUAUCACCGUAGCUGUAACAGUAUUAUCGCAAUUUGCAAUAUAAUUCACACAAACGGCACGGUUUUUACUUAUGAACUAUAAAUUCAACUUAUGAAAUUGUAAUUAUCGAAUAUGUUGAUGCAAUAAGGAUGCAAUUUUAGCAGUAUUUUUUGUAAUGUGAAAAAAAAAACAUAUCCUAUUUGAAUAUUUUCGAGUGCCCCUCGGUUUGUUUACGACGAAUUUUUCUGUUAAUCCCGAUUCGUCAUUUUUAGGUAAUUCUAUCAAAAGUAUUAGGAAAAUCAUUUGAAGAUUUUUGAACAAAAUUGUUCCAAAAAUAUUCAAUCUACUAGCUUCUGUGAUGAGUAUUUCUUAAACAAAAUGAAUUUAUAGUAAAGAGAUUUUUAGCUAUAGUGCGAAUACUAAUUAUGAAUAAUACUAAUUAGUGUUGUGUAGCAAUCAUGUUUUUUCAAUGUUUUUUCGUCAGCUUAACGACGUGAAAAAUCUGUCGACGCCUCUUCCUUGUUUGGUCCACGUUGUAUGUAUAUCAUAAGUAUUAAUAUGGGAAAGAAUACUUCAAGUCAACACGAUUUUUUACAUGUUUUACGUUGUAAUCUUUACAAACAUUGAAAUAGAUUUAGGAUUCUUAUAGUUUUGGUACGUACGUAUAAUGUUGCUUAAUAAAAAGUUUGAU